AUGGGGGUUGAUUACUACAAUGUACUGAACGUGAAUCCAAGCGCAAGCGAGGACGAUCUGAAGAAAUCGUACCGAAGAUUAGCUAUGAAAUGGCAUCCUGACAAAAACCCUACGACGAGCAAGAAGGAAGCAGAAGCUAAAUUCAAACAGAUCUCCGAAGCUUACGACGUCUUGAGCGAUCCUCAUCGCCGUCAGAUCUACGAUCAAUACGGUGAAGAUGGUCUUAAAUCUUCCGAUCUAUCCACGACGGCAGGAGAGACGGCGGCUCAGCAACGGAGUUAUUCCUUCGGCAACAACGCUGGAUUCCGUUACUAUCCACGAGACGCCGAAGAUAUUUUCGCUGAGUUUUUCGGCGCAUCGGGGGAAGUGUUCGGCGGGAGGAGAAAUUUCGAAAACGGAGGAAGUAGAUUCAGAAGCGCGGAUUCCGGAAAUCAGACGAAUAGGAAAACUCCGGCGAAUCGGAAAGCUCCGGCGAUCGAAAGCAAAUUGGCUUGUACUCUUGAGGAAUUGUACAAAGGUGGAAGGAGGAAGAUGCGAAUCUCUCGCGUUGUUCCUGAUGGUCUUGGAAAGCCAAAGCCAGUGGAAGAGAUAUUGAAGAUAGACAUAACACCAGGAUGGAAGAAAGGAACAAAGAUAACGUUCCCGGAGAAAGGAAACCAAGAACCAGGAGUCACUCCUGCGGAUCUCAUCUUUGUUAUCGAUGAGAAACCGCAUUCCGUCUACAAAAGAGACGGAAACGAUCUGAUUGUAGACAAGAAAGUUUCGCUUUUGGAUGCUUUAACAGGGAUUACCAUUAGCUUAACAACGCUAGACGGGAGGAAUUUGACUAUUCCGGUUUUGGAUAUCGUUAAACCUGGUCAGGAGAUUGUGAUCCCUAACGAAGGAAUGCCUAUCUCUAAAGAAGUUUCUAAGAGAGGAGAUCUCAAAAUUAACUUUGAGAUCUCUUUCCCCUCGAGGCUAACAUCGGAACAGAAGACAGAUCUCAAGAGAGUUCUUGGUGGAACCGCAAAUUGA